GAAGCAUACGCACACUCAGACGGCAGCGCGAUCGGCCAUAAACGGAAGCAAGACCUUCGAAGCAAAGGCGCCCACGGGAGCACACAACCAGGGGACAGAUACACUUCUGGUGACCUCCCUCCGACCGCCGACUGAAUCUACCUCGCUUCGCGCCUCCGGUUCCGCGCCGGGCCCGCCGAAUCGGAGCUCGGGAUCGCCUCUUCCCGCGGCAAUGGGGGCUGACUCCGAGGACGCCGUCAAGCAGCUCAGCCUCCUCAUGGAGCAAGUGGAGACGCCGCUGAAGAGAUCGUUUCAGAAUGUGCACCAGGGUUAUCCCAAAGAAACACUGAUGCGUUUCCUUAAGGCUAGAGAGUGGAAUGUAUCAAAGGCUCAUAAAAUGAUUGUAGAUUCUUUGAAUUGGAGGAUUCAAAACGAAAUUGAUAGCGUGCUGGAGAGACCUAUAGUCCCAGUAGACUUAUACAGAUCAAUACGGGAUUCACAACUUGUUGGCCUGUCAGGAUACACAAAGGAGGGUCUCCCAGUUUUUGCCAUUGGUGUUGGACAUAGCACAUAUGACAAAGCUUCGGUCCACUACUAUGUGCAAUCUCAUAUCCAAAUUAACGAGUACCGUGAUCGUAUAAUUUUGCCUAGGCUGUCACAACAGUUCGGGCGUCCUGUUACCAGCUGUGUAAAAGUCCUGGAUAUGACUGGUUUGAAGCUAUCAGCACUGAGCCAAAUAAAGAUGUUGACUUCCAUAUCGACAGUUGAUGAUCUGAAUUACCCUGAAAAGACAGAGACCUAUUAUGUAGUUAAUGUUCCGUACAUAUUUUCCGCCUGUUGGAAGGUUGUGAAGCCCUUAUUGCAGGAGAGGACCAAAAAGAAAGUUAAAGUUUUGAGUGGUUGUGGGAGAGAUGAACUUCUAAAGAUUAUGGACUAUUCAUCACUCCCCCAUUUCUGCCGCCGGGAGGGCUCCGGAUCAUCGAAGCAUUCAUCAUCGGAUGUCGACAAUUGCUUCUCCCUCGACCAUCCUUUCCACAAAGAACUUUAUGGCCACAUCAAGGAGCAAGCUUCGCACAGGGAGCUCAUCAAGAUGGGAUCGUUGCACGUCAGCAUCCCCGAGCCAGACCCAAACGACGCAAAGAUCGUCGAGGUCAUCCAGGCCGAGUUCCAGAAGAUGGGUGAGCAGGACGGAUCCACCAACGGCCACAAGGACUAGCACGCGCCGAGGCUGGCCAUCGAUCUCUGGAACGCCCUGCCCGGUGCCGCCCCGGUGACCUCUGAUGAAAUUGGCAAUUGAUGUCCAUUCCGCUUUUCGGUUGACGGUCCCCAGUUGCCUGGGGAAUAUAGCAGCAAAGCCUUGCGCCUCCCAUGGUGCAAGCUCGAGUUUAUAGCUGGGGAGGCUGAGAGAUAAACAAGUCGGUGUAUAUUAGAUGGACAUGGAGCUGCCAUAAACACCUUUUUGCUAGUGUAACCCCGACAUACAUUUAGCUGGUAUAUGAGAGGCGAUCCAUGGAAGUGCCUUUUUUUUUUUCCC